CCAAGAGCCACGUCUCGGCCAAUCAGAAUAGAGAGCCAAGUGCACUCAAGUCUCUUAAAACUGAUAACGUUAUGGCUCAGCUUGUACUGCAGGCGCUCGCGCUUGGAUGUCAGUGAAAGUCCAGCUUCGUCUGGGAAUCCAACACAAUUGUAACCAAUUAAUUCGAUUAAUUUUUUGUUGUUAUUUUUCUUUUUCUACUUUGAAACAAUGUUGUCUCACCCGUUGCUUGUUUGCGCCGUGGUGUUAUUCGCCUGUAUCGGUGGAGCGCCUUGUACACAGCCGGGUAUAGAGGAUGCUUACACAGACGUGGUCGGUGUGGUGUCGCCGGGAGGAGAGCAUCUGACGGAGGAGUCCGUCCGCUCGCUUUUUAAUACCCUGGAGAAACGUGUGCAGUGCGGUGGAGUGUCGUGUGAAAAGUGCGACCUACCGGGCGGCGUCUACCAGCUCGUCGGCAACCCCUCCGCCCCCGGCGCCGUCAACGUGUCCCAGUUCCCGCCCUUUGCGUCCGGGUGCGUCUUCUACCUGAGCGCCCCUGCUGCGGCCUGCGCCGCGGUCAGGGCUGGGCGGUGGGCGGAGGAGACCGAGCUCUUCCUGGACCGAGUGACCCAGCACGUCCACCCCCACGAGGAGGAGCCCCACGCACACCAGGAUGAGUCCCACAGCCAUGAGGGAGGAGGAGAAGAAGGCCACCAUUCGGAGGAGGAGGAGGGGGGCCGCCAUCUUGCGGGAGAGGAGGCCGCUGGGCACCAGGAGGAGCAUGUGGACGUGCACGGAUUGGAGGCCCUGAUAGAGGAGAUGGAGAAGCACUAUGUGCCGCUAGCGCUCGCCAACGAGGAAUGUCUGACGGCCGACGACAUCAUGGCAGAGAUUAACCCUCUCUCAGCAGGCCCUGAACAGGAAGUAGAGCGCGGUGCCGUGUUUGGUCGUGUUCUGUACCAUGCACUGAUUGGUCACUGCUUCACCAGACAUCCCCUGCCUGAAGAGGGCUACUUCCUGGAAUACAUGAUGGAGUGGAUGGGCUCGGAUAACUUCACUGUCAGAGGGUUGGAGACUUUGAUGAGAACCCUGCAGAUCGGACCCAGCGAUGACCACCAUCACGACCACGGCGAGGGGGGUCACCAUGACGACCACGCCGUAGACGACCACGCCGGGCAUGACCACGAACCCGGCCGCCGCAGGAAGAGGAGUAGCCACGGAGCCAGAGAAGGACAGGAAAUGAAGUUGCCUGGGGCAACGCCCCGGUGUUUCUCAGCCCAGGAGCUGCUGCUGAUCCACGGCCUGAUGGACAACAGCUCAGACCCGGCCGGUAUGAACCGGUCCGAUAUGGCGCGGCUCAGCCCGGCGCUGGUCCAGCAGAUCCUCAGCCAGGCCUGCAGCUCCGGCGCCGUCUCCCCCCCGAGGCACGACGGACUCACCCAGGCAGAACGUUACAUCUACGCCACCCUGGCCAACGUGCUGAUCACCCUGACCUCCAUGUUCGGCAUCGUGGUGCUGCUGUGCACCUCGUGCUCCAGCGUCUUCCAGCUCAUCAUCCAGCUGUGCAUCAGCCUGGCCGUGGGCUCGCUCACCGGCGACGCCCUGCUGCAUCUGUUGCCAAUGUUCCUGGGAUUGCACGGCCAUGAGGGUGGAAGCCACGCGGACCACGAAGGGGAGAGCAUGGACUACGUCUACAAGAUCCUGGUGGUGCUCGGGGGGAUCUACUACUUCUACCUGAUGGAGACCAUCUUCUCUCUGGUCACCCGGAAGAAGGAGGACCACCACCAUCACCCGCACCAUCACGGGGAGGAGGCGGAGCCUCAUCACUGUGACCAUGGGAAGGUUCUGGAGAUGUAUCAGCAGGACAAGAUACAACAACAACAGGACCAGUCCAUAUCCCAGGCUGACCUGGUUCCAACUGAGACCAAUGAGAAGACUUUCCCUCCACCCCUGCAACGCAGCAGAGAGCAGCGGCUGCUGCCCUACAUGAUCACGAUCGGCGAUGGGAUCCAUAACUUUGCCGACGGCCUGGCCAUGGGCGCUGCCUUCUCCCUGUCCUGGAGGUCGGGGCUAGCCACCUCCCUGGCCGUGCUCUGCCACGAGCUGCCCCACGAGCUGGGCGACUUUGCCAUACUGCUCCACUGUGGAGUGUCGGUGCGUAACGCCCUGCUCCUGAACAUCGGCAGUGCCAUGACCUCCUUCGUGGGCCUGUACAUCGGCCUGUCGGUGGCCACAGACCUGGCCACCAAGCAGUGGAUCGCCGCCCUUACUGCCGGCCUCUUCCUCUACGUGGGCCUGGCUGACAUGCUGCCCACCAUGAUCCACAACAACAGUAAGAGGCCGUGGCUGAUGUUCCUGCUGCAGAACGUCGGCCUGCUGUCGGGCUGGGGCAUUCUGCUAGUGCUGACCCUCUAUGAGGACCAGAUAGGAGUCUAACUCUAACGCCAACACACACACACACACACACACACACACACACACACACACACAGAGUCAAGGCACGGUGUACUUAAAGGUGAACCAAACACCCUGUUCAAGCUAAUGUUAAACCCCGCCCUCUAUCCAAAUGUAAACAAUAGACCUUCUGUCCUUUUGUGUCCAACAGAGCAGGGGCUAUGUUGCUGUCAAGCUUUCGCCAUCUUAUGCACAAAGCAGUCUCAAUCCCAGUCCCACGUUUUUUAAACUGUGAAGUUCGAGAUUUACACAGUGCCACCUUUGAUUAUCGUACAUCCCCCAGAAUCACGCACACGGAAAUGACGAGGACGGGCAUGAAGAAAGAUAGACAGUCCUCACACAGUGGAUAUGUUUACCCCAACCUACGUGGGUUGAUGGCCUUUUUCUCUACAGGCACACAGCCUCUUGACAGAGGACUUCUUAGAUUGGGGGGGGGGGGCAGGAUAGUUUGGUGAUUAGUAGGUUGUGGACACUUUAAUCCAGAAUGAAUUGUAUCGAAUGCAGGCAGGUGUCAUCAACGAGCAGUCAGGCAGCGGCAUCAGUGGUCAAACCCUGAAUUGUCUGGGCUCAGAAAGACCUCAACCCCUUAGCAGACUACAUAUAGGCAUCCUUCAGCAGGAUGUCCUAACCCCCCUAAAUGCUCCUCAAUGACACGUGUCUGAAUUCAGCCACGCUGGAUAUUGCUGCUGAAAGCGAGGUGCUUGGUGCGGUUGCAGUGAUGGGUUUACUUUGUUUGGGAGCAUAUCGGCACAGACAAAUGUAAACCACUUACGGCACACGCCGUUGAAAUCACCGCUUUGUAAUACAGACUUAAGCUAUAUGACUUACACUACUACUGUUAUAUUUACGUUUGGAUGGCAUGGCAUACUCUGACAUGGUAUGGGUAAUUUUGGGUGAUGUUUGGGUUAGUGUAUUUUUCCAAUUUUCUAUGAAAACUCAGGGGUCAAUCUAUAGUUGAACUGUCAUUUUCUGUUGAUCAAAUGUUACGGGAAAAAAGGGUUCUUUGGGUGUUGGCACUUUGUCAAAGAAUGAAGACUCAAAUACUUUGACGAUUACUUGCAUAUUAGUGAUGUAUAAUUCAAUCCCAGGGCUUGUUUUCACUGGUUUCUGUGGUAUUGUAUUGAAGCAUUAGAGUGUGUCCUUCACAACUUGACGUUUUAGCCCUAUUCCUUCUGAGAUCAAUCAAUAAUUUAGCAUGAUGAGAUACCAAAUACAUCUAUUUGCCUCAUGCAUCCAGAAUGCAAAACCUUGGCUUUGCACCAAAUGACAGAUAGUUGGAAAACAAUAUAUCAUAUCAGAGAGUAGCCUGACCGUGUUAGGGCCUGUGUCAACAUAUGUCCUUUUUAGAUUUUUUAAAUUUUCGAAGCUAUCAUGACAGACAUUCAUGAAAAAAAUAUGAAAAAUAAAAGUGGAGACGCUAGCCUUUCAUGCUACAGCAUUUAGCGUGGUGGUAUGUGCACAUAGAAACAGCUGAGCCAGAUUGCACCCCUUUCAUACACAAUUAUUUAUGCUAGGAGGCCCUGGCCAGUGGGAAACAGUGUAAAGAUGCUCAUCAUAUAACAUCAAGGGAAAACAUUACAUAUGAUGGACUGCACUAAGCAACACUACUUUUGAAAUGCUGACAAGCCACAAUACUAUAUUUCAUGAACAAGUUAUAAUCUAUUUAUUUUCAAUGAUCAAUGAUCUAGGUAUGCAAUCACCAUUCAAUGUUAUAGUUAUAUUUAACUUUAAACUCAGAAGUCCAGAGGUCCCCCCCUACGUCAACGACUGGGCCCCUGAGUGGUGGCCAUUUUGAAACCAAUGCUGGGUAAAUGAAGAGUUUGGCCUUGUUUUUAAGAACUGAACUCACGCUUGUAUAUUUAUUGCACUCAAAUGUUUACAAAAAUAAACUGAUUUGAUUUGUUCGGAUGAGAUAAAAACCUAAUAAAUCUUCAUUCGUAUAGGGAUGCUCAUUUCUUGUUUCUUUACUGCAUUUCGCUUUAAUAAAUAAUAAAGUAUGCUGUGAGUUGAAAUUC